AUGGCGUUGCCUGGCAUCGAAGGAUUCAAGAAUGUGUACGAAAUUCUGGAAGCUGUAUCAGCUGGCGACAAAGUCAGACUCCGUCGCGCUGCACGCAAGAUCCGUCUCGUGUUGAUGUGUGCCGACGACACCUGUCUGAGCGAAGAACAUCGCGCUUGUCUCACCGCCAUCCUUGGUCUUCUGGUAACCGACUGGGAAGAAGCUGAGCUCCGCCUCGAAGCAGCUCAAUCAUACCUCCAUGUACGCGCCAAGGCGGCUCUCUGUUGCGAGAAUGCUGUUGCUCGUGUCGACGGCAAGUUGCGUCAUGUCCUCCUCGACGAACUCAACAGCAAGCAGAAGAGAUACAUGCCUCCUGGCAAGGCUUUGAAGAGCAUCCAAGUCUGCAACGAGCGCGAAGCGAAGCACAACUUGCAAGAGCUUGGCUUGGGAUUCAGAUAUCCUUUGUUGAAAAUGUUUCCUGAGCGCGCCUUUGAUCACUCGGCGUCGAAGCAGGUGCUUGAAGGAAGAGCCAUUGAACAGAGGUACAACGGCUUUGUCGAAGUCGAAGAUGCGGAUCUGCUGGACUUCCUCUUUGACGGCUACUUCGAAGCACUCUUGGAACACCACAAGAUGGACGCCCUCAACGAUUUCGACCCUGAGAUUGACGAGGCUCCUAUCGCCAGUUUCUCCAAGACAGAGAGUCAGAAUACUGUAUCCCAGCCCAAAAUCCUGUCGUCCGAGGAAGCCGAGCGCAAGAGAAUCAAGAACAAGAAGCGCAACCAGCGUAAGAGAGCUGCAGACAAGAUCAGAAAGAAGGAGAAUGUCGCUCUUGUCUCUGAUCCUGAGACUGAAGUCAGCACCGACCCUAGAAUUGAAGCCGACGCCAACCCCGACGUCAAGCUUGAGUCGAGUAUGGCUCUUGUCAAGAUCAGCUCGUCGUCGGAUAGCUUGUCGUCAGACAACGAUGUGCUUCCAAAGGUCAAAUUCGUUCCUCAGAUCAAGGACAAGGGAUGGAUGAGUCAUCCUUGCUUGAACUUGGAAGCAUGUAAUGAAUUCUUCACACAGCUUCGGGAAGCAAUGCUUCGCGUGCCUACAGGCAACUUGGAGAGACGUGUUUAUGGUUCCCAGGCUUGA